CGGCGCUGAAGCGUUGCACCAUGUUGCACCAAAAUAUGGACGCCGCAAUGCAGUUUGUGGAAGGGCCGCGCAAGCAUUGGCAAAAGCAAGUCAUGAGUAUAAGGGAUCAUAGAACCGGUUUUGACCACCGCACACCAUGGUCGUGGGCCAGAAGCCCACAAGAGUGCAAAGGUCAUCAUAAAGUGACACGUCUUUCUGUCAAACAGGCAUCAUUGUUCUUCGGUCUUUUUGCUUCAAAUCAACAAAACCCAAGGAUUUGGCUUCAACUGCACUGCCGUCUUGGGCUAUGAGCUGAGCUUUUUGCAGAGCGUUUCGAUUCUCCAAGCCUUGUGCUCUGCACACACCUUCGCCAAUGCAGCGCUGGUCCAAUACUUGUUCGAAUUCUGCUCCUCGGACGACGGGUUUUGCCGAUUGGAUUCUUUGGCUUUGCACAUGCGGCGCUUGCGCAGCGAGCUCCUCCGAAGCUCUGCUCAGGUUGCAGGACGAUUGACCGGCAGCCUCAGACAGGCUGUGGCCCUGAGUGGACGAAAGACUUGGCACACAUCACGCUGCAACGCGCUUUUAUAUUUGUCCCGGCAGAAGUACUACAGCCAUGUGCCAGUGGGAAAUCUACUUGCUUGCAUGACAGGCUUCAAGGAUGCCUCCUUUAUGCAAUGGCAGGUGCUCAUGAAGUACGCCAUGCAACAGAGCAGGGCGAAGAACGGUGUCUUUUGGUUCUUCGACCAGCAGAUGCAUGGUGGCGUUCCCGGAGAGAAUCCUGGCAAGGACCGGCACACUUGGCGCAGCUUCGUGGUUUACAGUUUGCUGCGGAAGGUGAAUAGCUCCAAGGAGCACCGUAGACCAUGGGCGGCAGAAAUUGGAGUUUCUCGAGGUAGCACCUCGGAGAUCUUGCUGAAGGAAUUGCCAAGCUUGCAGAUGAUUUUGGUGGAGCCGGAGAUUACAUGGCUGGCCAGGACUCGGAUGCAGCCGUUUCGCGAGCGCGUUGUGUGGAUCAACGCUCCCAGCAGCCGAGCGUCGUACGAAGUGGCCGACGAGUCACUGGACGUGGUCUUCAUCGAUGGGGAUCACAGCUAUGAGGCUGUUCGGGAAGACAUUGCCCACUGGAGUGGCAAAGUGCGCCCCGGAGGAUAUUUGUCCGGGCACGACUUCACUCCUUCAUGUGCUGGAGUGGUCCAGGCUGUGAAUGACUUUGCGCUCCAGCACAAUGCGACUAUCAAUUUGCAGAUCGAUUGCUGGUGGUUCAGGAAGUCAGCAGAUAGGACCUGGAAAUGAGCCAUGGUCAACAUUACCCUACAGCCAAUGCUUCUUGUUUCUCAAAGAAGCUAUGGAGUGUACAGUCUACACGUCAUCCAACACUGGACUUUCUGUGAACCACACUGUAGAUUCAGUUCUCCUAGAUCAAGGAGAAGCUGACAAGUGAAAGCUGCUAUAAGGAGAACAGACGAAACGAUUCUGCAGAUUGGAACUAUGGCAAUCCAGUGAGUGAUGGCGGCCGCGGUCCCAGCGGAUGUGACGACCACUGUGAAGGGCUUCGAACGAUGUACGAGAGCCCCCACGGCCAUCUGAUUCCACGCAUAGAGGAAAGUCUCUUUGUCUCAAUCAUUAUAUAUAUAUAGAUGCACGCCCGCUGCGUCGCUCACCACUUGCACAGGAACUGCAGAUGGCACGAAGCAAGGCCGCUCCAAGCCGCUGCGAGGGAAGAUUUGGAAGUUGAUGCACCGCUGGCCGGUGCAGUCAUGAUGUAUGACAGCAAGAAAUUCUGGGCGAUGGAUGUCGUUGCUGGUGGAUGUCGUGGUUGGUUCCAGCAGAAUUUUCUUCGCUCAAGGGUGCGACAUGAGGAUCUCUCUACCUUGCGCAAGAGAUCGGUUUGAACCAGGAAAAA